UGAGAACCGGGAAACCAGUAUAUGUGGUGGCCGGGAACGUGAAUCGUGAUCCGUGGGUGAAUGCUUGAACAGCCAAACAAUAGAGACAAAAGCCACUCUCUCCUUCUCCUCUCUUUCAAUAAGCACUAAACCGAAAAACCCUUGAAAUUUCCUUCAAUUUUCGCUCCAUUUCAGUAUUCUAAGCAUUUACAGGCCCUAAUCUCAUCCUGGGCGAACUAAUUCAAUCUCAAAUUUGCGUUGAGAGAGCUGAGUUUCUCCAAUGACUUCUUUGACUGCAGCCACUAGGUCUCCGAGCUCUCUCCAGCUCCGAUUAGCUCUGAGUAGAAGAAGUUCCAGAUUGUCCCCUGUGAUUCUUGUACGGUUGCGAGAAAGGAAACUGGAUCAUGAAGUUCGAUUGCUUUGUUGUGUGUCUCAAAACGGUAAUGGGCGGGAACGCCGUCGGAACGGAAGUUCGUGGACAGCAGCGGACUCCUCUGAUGGUAGUUUUGCGGGGUGGUCAGAUUCGGAUGAUGGUGAAAAGUCAAUUGAAACGCAGAGGAAUAAAUGGUUGGGAGGGGCUGUUGGAGCUGGAUUAGCUGGAGUCAUGCUAGUCGCUGGGCUUACUUUUGCAGCACUGUCCAUGUGUAAACGCGGCAUCUCCAAAUCCAAACUGCAGAUGGAACCCUUGACAAAUCAGCAAGAAGCUUUACUGGCCACCGAUGAGACUGAAAAACUUGAGGAGGGUAGAGGAGGGAGCAGGAAUUUGAAGGAAGACGAUAGUGGUCCCAAUAGAAGGAAAGGUAUAGAUAAGGAUCUUGCAACAUCUCAUGCAUCUAACAAAGCUUCCAGUGAGAAUAGACUCGAAAUGGAUAAUGAAAACUCGUCAAUAAAUGAUGUCCACCGCACAUCCAGUGGCAGUGAUGCUUAUAACAAUCAUUCUGAUGAAGAAAGUUUGCGACAUGAAUCGGCUUUGGAUGACAGAUCAGCUGUUCCUGACAUAAUCCAGGACCAAUUGCCCGAGCCAAAAGUAGAAGAGGAUUCCAAUUUUCCAUUGGAUUCUCCUAGUUCAGCUGUCCUUGAACUCAGUGAGCCUGAGGCUGUGAUUGUUUCAGUCCAUUCGAAGCUGGAUUCAGUUUUUGAAACUCUAGUCAAUAAUGAUCUGGAGAUGGUAACCUCGCCUUCGACCAAAGAAAGUAUUGGCAUGGGCAAAGCUUCACAAGCCUCAACUAAGGACAAUAUUUCCUCUCAGGAGUUCCAUAAUGUAAAUGAAAGUGGGUCUUUCAGAAUGACUGGCGUGUCAGAAUCAGCUUAUCCCUUUAAAAAUGAAAAUAGCAUAAAUGUUGAUAAUAACAUGGGUAGAAGCAAACUACCAACUCCUGGGAAUUCCUUCUCCUCUGUUGGUAUACCUGCUCCAUCUGUAGUUUCUGCAGCUUUACAGGUGCAUCCUGGAAAGGUUUUGGUUCCUGCAGUUGUUGAUCAGAUUCAAGGGCAGGCAUUAGCAGCACUACAAGUUCUGAAGGUAAUUGAGGCAGAUGUUCAAGCUGGUGAUCUGUGUACACGUCGUGAGUAUGCACGUUGGUUGGUGUCUGCAAGCAACGCUCUUUCAAGGAACACAAUGUCAAAAGUAUAUCCUGCCAUGUAUAUAGAGAAUGUUACUGAACUAGCAUUUGAUGACAUCACGCCUGAAGACCCUGAUUUCACAUCCAUUCAAGGCUUGGCUGAGGCAGGACUUAUCUCAAGCAAGCUAUCAAGGCGUGAUUUGCUUUCUUCUUCAUCUGAAGAUGAAAGUCCAUUCUACUUCUCUCCUGAAAGCCCUCUGUCACGCCAGGGUCUUGUAAGUUGGAAGCUGGCUUUAGAGAAUCGACAACUCCCUGAAGCCGAUAAAAAGAUCUUGUAUGAGAACUCUGGAUUUGUCGAUAUUGAUAAGAUAAAUCCAGAUGCAUGGCCUGCACUUGUAGCUGACUUAGCUACAGGUGAACAGGGAAUAAUAGCACUUGCCAUUGGUUGUACAAGACUAUUUCAGCCGGAUAAGCCAGUUACAAAAGCACAAGCAGCUGUUGCUCUUGCAACAGGUGAAGCUUCUGACAUAGUUAGUGAGGAGCUAGCACGUAUUGAAGCAGAAUCUAUGGCAGAAAAUGCCGUUGAUGCACAUAGUGCUCUUGUAGCUCAAGUUGAGGAGGAUGUCAAUGCUAAUUUUGAGAAGGAGCUUUCCAUGGAAAGAGAGAGGGUUGACGCUGUAGAGAAAAUGACUGAAGAGGCAAGACGAGAAUUAGAAAGGUUAAGAGAGAGGAGAGAGGAGGAUAAUAUUGCCCUAAUGAGGGAGCGUGCUGCUAUCGAUUCAGAAAUGGAAGUUCUCUCAAGGCUAAGGUGUGAGGUUGAGGAGCAGUUGCAAAGCCUAAUGAAUAACAAGGUAGAGAUAUCUUAUGAAAAGGAAAGAAUUAGCAAACUUCGACAAGAAGUAGAAAAUGAAAACCAAGAGAUUGCCAGGUUGCAGUAUGAGCUGGAAGUCGAGAGAAAAGCUUUGUCCAUGGCCAGGACUUGGGCUGAAGAUGAGGCAAAACGAGCGAGAGAACAAGCAAAGGCGCUUGAGGAAGCUAGAGAUCGUUGGGAGAGGCAUGGCAUCAAGGUAGUCGUUGACAGUGACCUCCGUGAAGAGAGCUCUGCAGGUGUUACAUGGCUCAAUGCUGGAAAGCAAUUCUCGGUAAAAGGAACCGUCAGCAGGGCUGAAAAUUUGGUGGAAAAGCUCAGGGUAAUUGCAAAUGAUGUCAAAGGGAAAUCUAGAGGGAUAAUUGAUAAGAUCAUCCAGAAAAUACUCUCUCUCAUUUCAGAUUUGAAGCAAUGGGCAUGCAAGACCAGUGCAAGAGCCAACGAACUCAAACAUACCACCAUCUUGAAGGCGAGAGAAUCAGUGCAAGAUUGGCAACGAAGCACAACAGAGUUGAAUUCGGCUGUGAAGGAAGGCGCAAAAAGGUUAGCAAUAGACUGCAGGGAAGGUGUAGAGAAGAUCACUCAGAAGUUCAAAACAUGAACAUUCUCAAUUUUGUUUCCUCCUAAUUGCACAAAUAAUUGUUUUUGCCAGCUUUUCCUGCUGAUGAGCGAGCAAUGUAAUAUUCAUACUUCCACCCACCACUGUUAGUUGAUGGAAAUGGGGUGUCAAUAACGAACUGAUAUCAAAGAAAACUUUCAUAGUUUGUUCGGCAAAGUAGGAGAAGACGAUUGCUGCUUUGUACACGCCAAAGAAUGAGUUUGUGGCAAUUGGCAUUCUUAGAGUCAUUUGCACUGUUUCCAGUCAAAUUUUUCUUUUUGAUUUAUUUGGUUAUGGAGGUAAAUUACAUAGAGAACAAUGCAACAUUA